AUGGAGUCCUUCAAGGAGCAAAAGCUGAAGUGUUUUCUCCUUACCUGCAGGAAGUGUGCUCUGAGUGACCUUCCCAGGACCUGCAAGCACCGCAUCACGCUGGGGGACUCUGGGAAUUACUACUACAUUUCACCAUCCUGCAGGGCCAGGAUCACUGCGGUGUGCAACUUUUUCACUUACAUCCGCUACAUCCAGCAAGGCUUGGUGAGGCAGGAUGUGGAGCUGAUGUACUGGGAGGUGAUGAGGCUGCGGAGGGAGAUGUCUGUGGCCAAGCUUGGGUUUUACCCCAGUGAGAUGUGAGCAGAGGCUUGAGCAUGGAAGGAAGCUGCACCUGUGUGAAGGGCUUGUCAAAUGCCAGCCAGAGGAAGCAGUGCCUCUCCUGCAGUGGGCCUUUCUCCUUUCCCACCCUCCCUCUGCCUGAAGCUAAGCAAGGAGCAAGAAGCACAAGUUCCACCUUCAGCUGUCCAACUUCUCCAACUGUGACUGGAAAGCAGCUGCCAAGCUCCCCCCUCAGAGCUGGGCUGGCCCUGGCUGCUCUGGAGGGGCUGCCUACAGACUGUCCUCUCUGGAGUCCCCUGUCUGUCCCUGUCCCCUGUAUAUCCCUGGGUUUUAAACUUCUCUUUUUAUAUGCAGUCUGCUUUGGCAUAGUCUGAGGCCAGCCCUGUGCAAGGCAGGAGUCCUGGACCUUCUCUUUGUCUUUCAGGACAGAUGCUGGCUGUCUGUCCAUCUGUCCCACUCACUCUUUUGGGGUGGAGGGUGCUGUGCCCAGCCGCACAUCUAGGUCCCGCUGACCACUUCCUCCCUGAACAACCCUGUCAGUGCCAGCAGCAUGCAGUAAUCUGAUGGAGAGCCAUGAACAGCCUCAUCCAAGCACUUCCUUGCUCCUUUUAAAGGAGCCUGCAGGAGAAGCUCUCUGCCAGCUGAGUCACAAAGAGGGAUUUGUUUCUGUUUUUAGCUUGCAGUUUGGUGCUGGGUAAUUCAGGCUGGGGGAAUGGCCAGAGCUGUGCACCUGGGGCCUUCAGCAGAGGAAGGAGAGCAGGGGAUUUGCAUCACUCACAGCUUGGCUGCAGUCUGCAGGGUGCUUUCUCCUAGUCUAGAGAAUCUGCUGCAGUUGUCACAGGUAGAUGUGAACCUUGACAGGUGGUGCCCUGUGAUAACCCUUGGUGCACGGAUUCCCUGUGGUGCUCUU